GCAGCAACCGCAUCAAUUCGUUUGCGGAUUUGCUCCACAAAUUUUUCACUAAAUUCGUUAUCUUUCAUUACCCCUAAUUAUCACAUUUGUUUGCUUUGGUGAGCCAAUCUACCGCAUGCAGCAGCAAACCGGAUAAGGUCACUACUUGGAGACAGAAGCUGCAGACUAUCAACCGUCUGAAAAUGGCCAGCUCCUGGAACUUUGUUUUUGUGCUGAUUUGGCUGUCGGCGAUUCUCGGUGCCGGAAUACACCUGUUUUCCAAAGGGUUCUUGUUGACGCGUAUAGCGCAAACGGAUGUGAGCGAGUGUGUCCGCUACGAGGAUUACAAUCCGUGCGGGGAGAGAGCUUGUGACAACGAUGAAAAGGUGCAAACGAUUUUGCGGGACGUCAACCAAUCGGUUAACAUUUGUCUACCCCGCAAGAGCAAGGUCAUUCUGUUAUUAGUCGACGCUUUGCGGUAUGACUUCGGAACGUUUGAUCCGACGUUAAAAAACCCGUUGCCCUAUGAGAAUCGGCUUCCGAUUUUGGAAGAGUUACGAAACCUUUAUCCGGAUCGAACCCGGAAGUUGCAAUUCGUUGCAGAUCCGCCGACCACAACGCUACAGCGUUUAAAAGGGAUGACCACUGGAAGUCUGCCGACGUUCAUCGAUAUCGGGUCAAAUUUUGCUUCACCGGAGAUAAAUGAGGACAACGUGGUGGAUCAGUGGGUGAAGGGAAAUUUGACGACCGUUUUCAUGGGAGACAGCACCUGGACCGAACUGUUCCCAGGAAGAUUUAAACGGAAAUUCGAUUUUCCAAGCUUCAAUAUCCAUGAUUUGGAUACAGUAGACAGCGCAAUUGAGUCGCUGCUUCCGAGAGAAAUUGCUAAGAAGGAUUGGGACGUGAUAGUGGCUCAUUUUCUCGGAGUUGAUCAUUGUGGGCAUCGUUAUGGACCUCUGCAUCCAGAAAUGAGCAGAAAACUGGGAGAAAUGGACGAUGUUAUAAGAAAUGUUACUGAGCAGAUGGAUGAAGACACAACACUGAUUGUAAUUGGAGACCAUGGAAUGACUCAAUCCGGUGAUCACGGAGGAGAAUCUGCUGAGGAAGUUAAUGCUUUGUUUUUCAUGUAUUCCAAAGGACAAACUCUGAUGAACGAAGAGUACGACGGAUUUGAUAAGGCAAUACAACAAAUCGAUUUGGUUCCGUUACUUUCAAUUUUGUUAGGUGUUCCAAUUCCAUACUCUAAUCUUGGACAAGUCAACUUUCAAAUAUUGCCCGAUGUACAGUUGGAUUCAUUUCAGCGUUACCAACUUGCUUUGAUACACAUUUGGCAAAAUGCUGCCCAGAUUCAGAAAUAUUUCCAGCAGUAUGCAGAAGCAAAUCGAGGAACAUUCACCGUUGAACAGUUGGAUGAUUUGGAGAACAAAUUUCUUAUGUUGACUCAGCGAGUUAACACAGUUUACACGGAGGCCGCCUUUCUGAGUCUAUCGAAAGACUUGCGACUAUACCUGAAGGACAUCCUAGAAAGCUGUCGAGAAAUAUGGGUAAAAUUCGAUGCCCAGUUAAUCUCACAUGGACUGCUAGUGACAUUCCUCUGCUGUUUUGCCGUUGUCGUCCUGAUUUGUAAUUCAACUGCUCAACAGUUGGGCCAAAUUUUCAACGGAACCGCAAUCUACUACAUAGUUGUUGUAACUUUUAUGGCAGGAACGUCAGGAUUUUUCUUCUACCAGGAUCUCAACCUUUCGUCAGCUCAGCACGGAACAAUUUUCUUUGCUUCAAUCACUUCGAUUGCAGUACUGCUCUUCUUGAUAAUCCAGAAUUGGGCCAACAUAACCGAAAACAUCAGUCAACUGAAACGUUCCAAAAAUUUCGUGACCCGGAUAUCGUUUGCAUUUACAACCUGCGUCUUCUUUUCCAACAGUUUCAUCGUUCAGGAACAGAAAAUCCUCUCCUAUGUUCUAGUAGGAUUUUUCCUGCUAGCUUUGUACAACAUUCAGAAGAACAGUCAGUUCAAAAUUGUGAAAUUCAAAUGGGCAAACCUUCAGAAGUCCACAUUUCUUAAAUUGUUUGCUCUUGCACUGUUUGCCAUUUGUUUGAUUCGUAUUUCGAGUAACUACUUCCGAUGUCGGGAAGAACAAGGAAACUGCACCGAUUACAUCGUAAAAGCACCAACACCCGAUGCCAAAAGAAAGAACGGACCGAAUUUUGAUAUUGUUCCGGUACUGGCUUUGGCGCUCUACAUUAUAAUGGCUCGUCUUUACCUCAGGACUUGUGGAAACCUGACCGGAAAUGCCGUAAAUAUCUUGCUGGCAAGAUAUGGUCCUACUGUCGGAACAGUUUGUGCCUGUGGACAUUUUGUUUUGGCCCGAAGUAACGCUAAAGGAAUUCCUCAGAUUCAUGUAGACGCCCUGGCUUGGGUCAUCUACAUCCUUCUUGUGGUUCAAAUUGUGACAAUCCUCGUCAGACCGCUGAUGGUCUACAUUCUACCCAAGAAGAAGGAGAUGAUGAAUAUUUUGUACAAUGAUCGGAACAUUGCCCCAGAGAUCUAUCGGCAACUGAGAGAUAACUAUAACGGUCGGCCAACCGCUCAAAACGAUGAGGUUCCAAUCGUUUGUGGCCUCGCCACCGUAUAUUCUUCCGUCUUCAUCGCUAUCGGAGUCUUCCUAACCAUCCUAUUAUCUCUCUUGCUCGGCUCAAACGGAACAACUGGUCUCAUAAUAUCACUCGUGGUAACCAUCUCAUACGGAAUGAUUACAUCCAUAAUCCAGUACGAAAACUCAACCAACCUAUUAACCUGUCUUCAACCGACGUUCACCACACUCCUAUCCUGGAUCAUCCUGCAGCAGUACGGAUUCUAUGCUACAGGUCAUCAACCAACCAUGUCCCAAAUUGAUUGGAGUGCUGCCUUCAUCGGUCGUACCUAUCAUUACGACAACAAUAACAUCAUCUCAGCAAUUCUAGUCCUGCUGAGCACCUUCUCCCUCACCUUCCUCCUCUCAAUUCUUUUUCCUCUUAUAAUCUUCACUCCCUUCUGCCUGUACACCAUGUGGCCAUCUUUAGCGCAAAAAAUCUACCAAAAACAACAGCAACAGAAGCAGCCAACAACCAAACGCGGUGCUGGACCUUCUAAAACCACCCGUAAAACCGAAGGUGGUGGGAGUGUGGAGUAUCGGAGUGUUACCGUCAACAAGGUGGAUGACGAUGAAAACGAUGGUGAGGAGUCCAAUGAGACCGUAGGCACUGCUGCCCGGAAGCACGUCGACUUCGAUGUGACCAAGGGCGAAAUCAAUCUGUACGAGAACGAGAAACUGUUCAUCGGGACGGUUUUUAAAACGGCCUGUCAGCUGUUGCUCUUGCAUGGAAUUCGGAUCUUCUGUGCCAUGUUCGCCUGUACCCUGCACUGCAGGCACCUGAUGGUGUGGAAAAUUUUCGCCCCCCGGUUCAUCUACGAAGGCAUCGGCAGCUAUGUGGCCUUCAUUGGUCUCAAUCUGGGCUUUCUGCUGCUACUGCGAGUCCACCGAGCCGUCAACGGGCUGAUCACCCAGAUCAACAAGGACCGGUAAGAGGAUUCGUCCAUUUGAUAAAGAGACCACCGAUGCUGAGAAAAUAUUUUUUUCGAAAACAAUCUCAAGAGGCGAGAAAAAAUGGCACAACCUCCUCUAGUCGUGUGUUCAGUAUAAUCUAAUAUUCGAUAUCGGCGAAGCGAGAACUCGGGUUCCAAUUGAGUUACCCUCACUUCAUACUACUAGCAUUUAGUAUAAUAUUUCCGCAAUCACGCUAGCGUAUCUCAUUAUAAUUUAAAAUAUUAAGAAAACCGGCACCAUUUGUAUCAGACCAUUGUAAGUGCGAGUUAGUUGAUUAAAACCAAAUUGUAGUUUUAUAAAACGAACUGUGCGAGCUAGACAUACAAUAAAUUGUAGGCGUUCUGUUUUAUUUGACAAUUCCUAUUGU